AUGCCAGUCGUCUCUGCACCUCCAAUAGCCCCUAUAGAGCCGGACGUCUUUGACGAUGAUGACGAAGGCUGGCAGGAUAUGCCCGUCGUCCGCGAGGACGACGGCCUCGAUGCAGGGUUCGACGAGGAAGACCAGAAGAAGUACCACUACAUGCCCCAGCCCAAGAAGGGGGACUCUUCGGGUGGUGCGGCGGGAAAUGCCACCGGUAACUUGCUGGAUAUUGACUACGAGGGGAACGAAUGGCGCGCGAAGGCGGACCAGAACGAAAGCGAGUAUACCCGGCUUCGGAUGAAGGAGGAGGAUGAGUCGGACGAAGUCCACCUGCGCACGCGAUACCUCUUCGAUGAAGACAAGGCGAUGACGCCGCUCAGCCAGAUGCAGCAGACCAAGGACAUGCUCACCGAAGCGCAGCGCAUAGCGUAUGUCGGCAUAUGCGCGCUGACCACGAAGGAAAUGAUCGAUACCCUGAAGGCGGUCAACCGGAAGGAGCUCAAGAAGGCCAUCCAGAACAUGGAGCUGUGGGCACUGAAGAUCAUGGGUCGGCUGUACUAUCAUAUGGAGCUCGCUACUGAAGAGCAGAAGAUGAUCGCAAGCCUCGGACAGCAUGGCAUUCAGGCCAAAGAUCUUGUUCCGCCUCUCAUGACGACCCAUACCGUCGCCAACCCUGAGUACGAUCCAGCCGAAGCACGGAAACAAGCGGAUGAGCGACAAACAGAGGCUAUGAAGGAAUCGGCCGACAUCUCGGAAAGCACCACCCCGCCCUCAACACCUCCCCCAGCAUACUCCGCAUCACCCCCGCUACCGCCACCGAAACCUCAACAAACUACGAGUCAGGUCCUAGAGAACACGUCCGCGCCGGCUAUGCCUGGGGUCAGUACCCACCUCUCGGCUGCGGACAAGGACGUUACGCUAGACAUCCGGUGGACCGUGCUCUGCGAUUUGUUCCUCGUUCUCAUCGCGGAUAGUGUGUACGAUGCUCGAUCCCGGGUGCUGCUCGAGAGCGUCGCCCUCAAGCUUGGCUUGGGCUGGCUUGAUGUAGUCAAGUUUGAGAGUCGAGUAACGGAGGCGCUUGAAAUUCAGGAGGGCGUCGAGAGACUAGAGCAGCAAGACUCUAUACAAGAAGCUGAGAAGAACUCCAAGAAGCGGCGGUACAUGAUGCUAGGUCUAGCAACAUUGGGUGGUGGUCUCGUCAUCGGACUAUCCGCGGGACUCCUGGCGCCCGUCAUCGGAGCUGGACUUGGUGCUGCUUUUACGACCAUAGGCAUCACAGGCACCACCGGGUUCCUGGCCGGAACGGGUGGCGCCGCGGUAAUUACCACUGGCGGCGUCUUGACAGGAUCUGGCAUCGCAGCGCGUGGCAUGGCGCGGCGGACGCAGCAUGUUCGUACGUUUGAGCUGCUCCCCUUGCACAAUCACAAGCGCGUCAAUUGUAUCCUCACUGUUCCUGGGUUCAUGAACGGUAUUCACGACGAUGUCCGUCUACCAUUCAGCGUCUUAGACCCGGUCGUCGGGGAUGUGUUCAGUGUCCUCUGGGAGCCGGAGAUGAUCCGUGAGACAGGAAGUGCCCUCAAGAUUCUGACGAGCGAAGUGUUGUCGCAACUUGCUCAGACGGCUCUGCAGGCGACCGUCAUGACGGCACUCAUGAGUGCUUUGCAAUGGCCUAUCAUCCUAACGAAGCUCGGAUACCUCAUCGACAACCCUUGGUCUAACGCGCUGGACCGCGCGAAGGGAGCCGGCAGUGUCUUGGCUGAGAUUCUCCUCAACAGGCAUCUCGGAGUGCGCCCCAUCACCCUCAUUGGUUUCUCUCUCGGCGCCAGGGUGAUCUUCUACGCUCUGGUCGAGCUGGCGAAGAAGGGAGCGUUUGGUAUCGUCCAAGAUGUGAUCCUGCUGGGCGCUACCGUCACCGCACCACUGCGCACAUGGCUGGAAGUGCGGUCGGUAGUUUCCGGCCGCUUCGUCAACGGCUACGCUCGUAACGACUGGGUCCUCAACUACCUUUUCCGUGCAACAAGCGGCGGCCUGAACACUGUGGCGGGACUCCGACCGGUGCAAAACGUUCCGGGGCUUGAGAACGUGGACGUCACGGACAAGAUCGCCGGACACAUGAGCUACCGCACGUUCAUGCCCCUCAUCCUCGAUCAGCUUGGCUUCCCCGUGUCUGCGGAUUACUUUGACGAACCCGAGGAGCCCGAUUUCGAAGGGGAUCGGGUGGUGAUCCGGGAGGGUGAAGAGACGCAGAAGAAAGGGUGGUUCGGACGGAAGAAGAAAUCGUCUACAUCCUCUCAGUCGGUCUCCCGGCCACCUUCGGCCGCAACCUUCAGCCAUGACAGAAAGUCCGGUUCGCAGUCCAGCGCGGCAGAUGAAGACUUGCCUCCUAGGGAGGGUGCGACCACACCGUCGCCGUCGAAACCUUCACCAUCGGCACAGUCCCCCACCGCUCCUUCUACCCCCAACGACGACGGCGACGUCGCUACCUCCGAGAUACCCGCUCAUGCCGGCUUUGACUUUGCUGCGAUCAAAGAGGUUCUUGGGAAGGGCGAUACGAACCCAGACGAUCUACGGGCGCCGACGCCUAGCAAGUUCGCGCCUCCGCAUGCUCAUUCUCAUCCUCCGACACUUCGAACGGAAUCGGCACCCCCACCCGUGCCGGAUUCUCCCCCUCCCGCCACUCCGAAGGCGCGACCUUCCCUUAACCUUCCUCCUGUUCCGUUGGACCACGAGGACGAACCGGUGGCUGGUCCAAGCUCAAGCUCGCGAGCGGACCUGUCCGCUUCCCUAUCGCGAUCCCUCUCACUCAACAACAUGCACGACGAUUUCGAAGCCGAUAUGACAUCAUAUAGUCGCCACGCCCCCUCGUCCCGUCCGCCGGUCUUGUCUUUUGGUGGCAGUGACGGCUCAAUCUGGCCGUCUCACGAUCCUGAUCCUACGCCUACUGCGUACCGUGCGUUCGGUGGUGGGUAUCAGGCACCAUCCAAUUUCGCCGCACUCCGCUCAGCGGACGUGUUGUCAAAUCCGUUCGCUAGCGGAACAAGCGGUCUCCGCUCGGAUGAGCUGCCAGCCCCGCCUGACAAUCCGUUUGCGGCAUCCGCAGGCGCGCCCUCGCUAUCUUUUGGCGGCAUCGAUGGUUCUAUCAGCUUCGCGCCUUCGUCCACGUCUUCUCAGCAGGCCACCCGCGCGCCCUGGGACAUUGGUGGGCCGUAUGGGAGUGGCAAGAAGGCGUCGAGUACGCUUGACCUGAACCCAUGGCAGAGCUGAACGCACCUCCCGCCCUCCCACAUCCAUAUUCUCCUACCCCACACGAUCCGCGCGCCCCUUACAUACACGGGGAACCACGCCCUGUGAUGCUUAGCGGGACCCUCCAC